UGCUCAUUGUGUUGGUCAUGCGUUGUUUCUGGCCCUGAUUAGUGAACGAGCCAGAUUCCCAGGCAGUACUUCCCGAUUAUUACGAGGUAGGUCCGCAUCCAUAGUUGCUGUAAGAGACAUUAGGAGCGCAACUUUUUGUGUUAUUAUAUACGAGUUAAGAUGAUACGCAAAGCAGCAGUCUAUACUUGAUGAGUGACGAAGGCAAGGUCAUGAUAUCAACUAGAAUGAAUCUCUUGCUGGGACUGCUCUGUAUAAUUGCUCUCUCCGACCCCCUCUUUUCCUUUUCUCCCUCCUUCCAGCGAAGCAGAAAUGACUGUAUUGCUCCUUACCAGGGAGGAUAUAAGCUCCGAAUGCCUCAUUUCAUCAUGAGAUCGUCGAAUUAUCAUACAUGUCCGUCAUGGCCGGUAAAAAUAAAAAUAUCGUUUCCCCCAACGUCUAAAUCUCAUAUAUUCAAAAAUGGAAAAUCCAGUAUCUCACGACCCAGAAAGUCGGGGAGACAGUGGUAAUUGUCAGUCAGCUCUCUUCUACAUGCCCCCCUAUCCGGCCACCUGUCAAUGACAAUUAAUAACAUUUAUCAAGACACAGG